UUAUAUAUUCGUAUUUACAUUGUACUCGGGACCACGGUUAAUGGAGGGCUUUUAUUCUGAAAUCAUCUUCACAACCGGAAGUCCUUGUAAGCGCACACGCGCUGGCGCAAAAGCCGAGUUUGGCGCGCGGUUCAAAAGCCAGAAGAGUCAGCGCGCGCGCGCGAGAGAGAGAAGCGGCACUGUCACACAGGCGGGUUUUUUUCCCCCCUAGAGUACAGAGUUUAUCCAGCGAAUCAUCCCAGCAAGAUGAAAAUGUCCAAAAGCACAGCAAAGAAGAGGAAACAGUGCUCUCCGAAUGCUGAAAGUAAUCCAGCGAAGAAAGCCUUGAGACAGGAGAGUUACUCAAAGAGAACGUCCAGUCGGCUGAAGGAGAACUGCCCAUCUCUGCUGAAUUCCCCUGAAAGGCUGCGGUCCCAAUCGCGCUCUCCCAGUACACCCAGGAAGAUGCCGCUCACUUCCAAGUUGGAGUCUCCUCCUAAAAGAGUGUCUCCUUUCAAAGCCACAGUCGGAGCAGGGUCAUUUUACAGCAAACAGAAACCCCUUUACCUCACGCCUCUCGAGAGGAAAGUGCUCAAGGAAACCAAGUCGCCUCCCUCAAACCAAGAUGAGCCGAGCGCUCCGGUGUCGUCUGGAGGAAACGUCAAUACCAAAAAGCCUAAAAAGAAGGAGAAGGUGAAAGUACAGAAAUCUAACCUAAAGGGCUACUUCACACCUAAACCUAACUGGAGCACAAAAGCAGAUUCAUCCGCAAACCCAGUAGAAGUGAAAAAGCAGGCCUCUAUUACAUUCGGUAGUUUGAAAUCCAAAAACAAACCCAGGAUCGUCGUCGGCGCUGCUUUCUUCGGCACCGGAAAAAAGCCAGCGUCCAUGUACAAGCCUCACGCUCCGAAACCGAAGCCCAAACAAGCCACCUCUCAGAAACCUGCAGUGGGGAAAGACACAGCACCAGUACAAAGAGAUCGCUCUCCAGUGCGCAAGGCUGUUUUUAUUAACAAACCUAGACCUAAUCCUCAGCCACUGUCCAAACCUGGCGACUGUGAUGUUUCUGAAGGAGCAGAACCGACACCACGUCCCCAGCCCUUGAGCAGUCUCGCACAGACCACUGAGGACAACACGACAGUUACGAAGAAACCUCAUUCACCAGUCAGAUCCUUAAACUCAACUACAGAGCACCAGGACACACCUGCCGAUCCUGGUUCAGACCCGGUGCUGGACAUCAGUGAAAUCAGCGUCUCAAAUAACAGCGGCUGUUCAGAUAAUGAAACAUCAGCCAUGUACCCCAUCUUCGGCUCCAGAAGGUCUCAGAAGAAGCGUUGUCUCUCCUCCCCUCUCAACUGCAGCACUCCAUCUGCUGGCACACCGUCUCUCCUGGUUAAGGAGAGAAGCUCCAGAAGGAAGAAAGAGCUGAAGAAGCAGAAUGAUGAUGAUCAGCUUAUCAUUGAUGCUGGCCAGAAGCAGUUUGGUGCGACUACAUGUAAUUCGUGUGGCAUGCUGUACAGCGCAGACAGUCCAGAAGACAAUUUCCAGCACACACAGUUCCACCAGCGCUUCCUGGACACCAUCAAGUUUGUGGGUUGGAAGAAGGAAAGGGUUGUGGCAGAAUUCUGGGAUGGCAAAAUCAUCCUUGUUCUUCCUGAUGACCCAAAGUAUGCUACUAAAAAGGCAGAGGAUGUAAGACGUAUUGCAGAUAGUGAGCUGGGAUUUCAGCAAGUCAACCUCAGCAGCCCCAGUGCUGCCAAAACCUACCUUUUCAUCAACAGUGACAAGAUGGUGGUGGGCUGCCUGGUGGCCGAGCCCAUAAGACAGGCUUUCAGAGUGCUGGCACAACCGGAGAAGCCGAAGGACAUGACCAAGGAGGACUUCAUGGAGCACCACAGAGCCUGGUGCUGCUCCACUGUGCCGGAGAAGGCCAUUUGUGGAGUGAGUCGCAUCUGGGUGUUCAGCCUGAUGAGGAGAAAGGGCAUCGCCACACGUCUUAUAGACACAGUCAGGGGAUCGUUCAUGUAUGGAAGCCCACUGACCAAAGAUGAAAUCGCCUUCUCUGACCCCACUCCUGAUGGCAAGCUCUUUGCAACAAAGUACUGUGGAACUCCCACAUUUCUGGUUUAUAACUUUAUUGGCUAAUUUUUAUAAACUAGUUUACAGUUCUCACUGUCUCAUAUAUAUUUUAGACUGAGAAAUGACUCGCUGCUGUUCUGUUUAUUAACAGUUUAAUUCAGUUCGAAUGAAGCUUUUUGCAAACAUGCAUUUUAAUGGAACAAUUGGUCAAAAAGACAUUAACACAUUUCUAGAAAGAGGUUUGACUCGAUCUGUAUGGUUUCGUAAAUCUCUAUAAAAACAUGCGUAUAAUUAAGUGUGCAUGCAAUUAUUUAAACAUGCACACUGUCCAGCUACUUGAGCCAUCCUCCAGUGGCAAGCAAGUAGCACAAUGAAACAUCUUCAGCUCACUUUCUACGUUAAUGGGAAAUAUGUACAUUUUGUUUUAAACCCAAAUUCAAUCUGUGUGGAAAUUUCUCUAGUUGUUUUAUUCCAAGUUGAUACUCAGGCAAGUUCAUGUUUUAGCCCUUGUUUAAGAUAAAAUUAUUUGAAGAACUUGCACAUGACCCCUCAUGUUCUGAGAACAAUCUGCUGGUAUAAAUGUUUCAUGUGCAGUUUAUCUGUAAAUAUUUUAAAUAAAUGUUGCUGCAAAAAAUGUGUAUUUGGUCCUAUAAAUGAACAUAUGUC